AUGGGCUCAGCUAAGAGCGUCCCAGUCACUCCAGCGCGGCCUCCGCCGCACAACAAGCUUCUGGCUCGAGUGGCGGACCCCCGUUCACCCAGCGCCGGCAUCCUGCGCACUCCCAUCCAGGUAGAGAGCUCCCCACAGCCAAGCCUGCCAGCAGGGGAGCAGGUGGAGGGACCUAAGCUGGUCCAGGACUCAGAUCCCCGCUCCCCUACCCUUGGCAUUGCACGGACACCUAUGAAGACGAGCGGAGAGCCCCCAAGUCCACUGGUGAAACAACUGAGUGAUGUAUUUGAGACCGAAGACCCCAAAUUAAGCCUUCCCCCUGAAGCUAUCCUGCCCCUAGAGACACCUUCAUCUCCUCGACCGGACUUGCCUCUGGGCACCCAGUUUUCCCUUGAAGAUCAGGUGCCUCCUGGGAGCCAGACUGAGCUCCCUGCUGAGCAGGUGUUUGCCAAGGAGAAAACAGGACAUGCCUCAGAAACGCCUGUGUCCAGCCAGGGCUCAGACAAGCCCUUGCGAGACCCCGAGACUCCUCGAUCUUCAGGUUCUAAGCGCAGCAGGCGGAAAGCAAACAGCAAGGUGCCAGGGAGGUCUCCUCUCACCAUCCUGCAGGAUGACAACUCCCCCGGGGCUCUGACCCCACGACAGGGUAAGCAGCCUUCCCUGAGUGAAAACUUUAGGGAGCUAAAGGAAGGGGCUGUUCUGGGAACUGGACAACUUCUGAAAACUGGAGGACGAGCAUGGGAGCAAGGCCAGGGUCACGACAAGGAAAAUCAGCACUUCCCUUUGGUGGAGAACUAG